AUGGGCGACGAGGCGGCGGCGAUGGCCGUCAAGCUCGGCCUGCGCUCGUACGGCGAGAAAAAGUCCACCUACCACGACAAUGCAUCCGAGCUCUUCUCAACCGUGCCCGGUGUCCCGAAUGUCGCCCGCCGCCGGCCACACGGCCAGCGCUCCAACGCGACCUUCAUGGAGCUCAUGCUCCACAAGACGACGACACCACCCGCCGUAGCGCCUCUCCAGACACCAGUGGUCCUCGCGACCGAAGCUCCUCCGAAGCGCAGCAAGAGCAACGACCACGUCUACGCGAAGAACCAAGUCGUCCCGAUCGUCCACGACGAGAGUGCGCCGUCGUCGCGCGAAGAGAGCGGUCAACGGCCACGUCAAUUGGGCCGCCGCCUCUCUCACGAGCCCGACGCGCCGCGCGCGCUCACGCCGGCGAGUCUGUUCGCUGACAAGUGCCACAAGCUGCACCUGGUGCCCGAGCCGAUCGUGGUGAAAGCACGGGCCAAGUGCCGCAGCGGUCGCCUGCACCUCGGCUCGUACAGCAUGGGCGACCAGCUCGUGGGUGCGCUCGCCGAGAGCUUGGCCGGUAUCGAGACGCUCACGCAUCUCAACCUCCACGGCAAUCGCCUCACGACCGCCAGCAUGGGCGAGCUCACGCCGGCGCUCCUCGGAAGCUCGGUGCAGGCGCUCGACUUGUCCUGGAACAACCUCGGCCUCGGCGGCGUCGUGCACCUGCUCCCGCUGCUCUCGGCGUCGCACUCGCCGCUGCUGGAGCUCAACCUUGAAAACAACCUCCUCGGCGACAAGCCGAUCGUGCUCUUGGCGAAUGCGUUGGCCGACUCGCCGCAGCUGCAGACGCUCAACCUCACCCGGUGCAACAUUGGCCACGAAGGCGCAAUGGCGCUCGGAAGCGCGCUCAAGUACGUGCUCGCGCUCACCUCCCUGCACCUCUCGUGGAACAAGAUUCGAGGCGCGGGGGCGGCGCACCUCGCGCGCGGCCUCCAGCACUGCUCGACCUUGCGGACGCUCGAUCUGUCGUGGAACUCAUUCGGAUCGCUCGCGUCGUCGGAGGCGCUCGUCGCGCUCUGCGAUGCUCUCCAAAUGAACAAGGUGCUCACGCAUCUGGAUGUGAGCCACAACCGCCUCCGCGCCGGCGACUGCGACAGCCUCGGCGCCGCGCUCGCGUCCAACCAGACGCUGCGGGGCCUGCACCUUGCCGGCAACGACGUCGAGGUCGACGCAUACGGUUUUGUGCUCCCAAACGCGACGCCCAACGACCCGGCGCUCGCCCAUAUUUUCACGCGCAUCGGCGAUGCCGGCAGCCACGUCGACCGCCCGUUCGUUUGGGAAAAGCGGUCCAACUGCUGGCUCUGCGAGCACUGGGUCGAGACGCGGCUGCUGUGGCGCCAAAGUGGCCAACGACCCAAGAGCGUCGUCGUCCGCGCCGAGUUUGACUAUUGGAAGCCGCACCACCUCUGCCCGAGCGCGACGGAGCCCAACGUGUGGGAAGUGUACCGCAUGGUGCCGCCGGGGACCUCCCAAUUCUUCUUUGUCGUCGACGAUGCCGUCGUCACGACCGACGCGCACGUCACGGCGCCGUUCCAGAGCCGGCUCUGGGGUGGCGUCAAGAACCGCCCGCGCGACCUCGAGCUCCCGCACCAGUCGCUCGUCAACACGCUCUGCGUCGUUGGCGAUGACGCGUCGGCGUCCAAGGCGCUCCCGCGCCUCGCGACACCGGCGCCCGGGCGCGUCGACGACUGGUUUCCCAAGUCUGUCUUUGCGAGUUACCACCAAGACACGGCGUCCGUGCUCGCGGAGGCGUUCGAAGUCGACUGGUCGACGUCACGGCUGUCCCGAAUGGCCAAAGAAGCAGGGCACGUCGACGCGCUCAAGGCGGUCCUGAGCAGCCACUUUGCCUUGCUCAAAGACGUGUUUCGGCACUACGCGACGAGCGGCGGCGCGGACCCGUUCACGCUCGCCUCGAACGCGUUCGCCGACUUUUUAGCCGACGCCGACAUUGUCGACGCCAACACGUGCACGCGCGCCGAAGCCGAAAUGUGCUUCAUCGCCGCGAGCUCGUCCGGCCCGAAACUCAAAUGGAACACGCGCCGGAGCUUGAUUCGUUUUCAGUUUCUCGAGGCGCUCGUCGCGCUCGCGUCGUCGAAAUUUCUCAAAUCGAAGCGCGCACCAACUGUGGCCGCCGCCGUGCAGCUCUUGAUCGAGCAGCACGUGACGCGCGCGACGUGGCACGACAGCCAGACCUAUCGCGGAGCGGCGCUCCACACGCCAGCGCUCGACGCCAUCUUAAAGGACCACUUGCAUGUCCUCAAAGAGCUCUUUACACUGUUUGCCGGGUCCAUCGACGUCGGCGACGGCCGCGGAAAGCGACUCAGCUACGCCGAGUUCGUCAGCCUCUGUGAGCAAGCGCAGAUCAUUGACGAAGGCCUCGCGACGCGCGACGUCAAGCUCGCGCUCAUGCGCGCCAAAGAAACCGAGGUGUUUGACGCGACUGGGGACGGAGAAGAGUGGAAGAAGAUCGGAUUUCCCGAGUUCUUGGAAGCGUGCGCGCGGCUGGCGGACGCCAAGGACCUCGGCCCCUUUUACCAGCGCGUGAAAAGCAGCGUCUUCACACACGGGACGGCGCCGAGCGAUGUCGUGGCCCACAACUUUCUCCAAGUGCACUCGACGCUCCCAAGAGACUGGGCGCCCAAUACAGGCGACGUGGCGCUCAAGCUUCCCAUCGUGCUCAAACUGCUCUGCGUACCGGUGCUACGAGCCCGCAAGCUACCGAUGGCGCCCCUCCUCGUCAAGCAGAUCUCGCUCGUCGCCGCCAAGCUCGCAGGCAUCUCGAUCGCGUAAGAUGAGCAUACAGUAUUUAAAUUGAAAACAACGUUUCCAUAGCCUA